UUCUGUGAAGCAAGGUCCGUGGAUGGCGAUUUGCUGUGAAGAACCGUGUAUUGCCGGAGAGAAGAUAAUAAUAACAAAAAAAUGGACAAGGGAAAUAAAGUACGAGGCAAAAAUUUUACCAAAGAUGAAAAAUUACAACUGGUAAAAGAAUUAUCAACAUAUCAUCAUAUAAUUGAAAAUAAAGUAACUAAUAUGACGAGUAAUAGAGAAAAAGAAGAAGCAUGGGCCAACGUAACUAUAAAUUUUAAUAAAAAUAAACCAGAAAUACAGCAACGAACAGAACGAUGUUUACGUCUGUGUUGGGAUAAUUUAAAAAGAGACACCAAAAAAUAUUGUGCACAGCUACAGAGAGAAUUGUAUAAAACAGGUGGAGGUCUUCCAAGUAUAAAACCAAAUCCUUUAUUAGAAAAAGUUCGAGAAAUGAUGACAAAAGCCGCAGUAUCUGGAUUAUGCAAUCCGUUUGAUUCUGAUGCUAUUACAAUUAAUGAAAACGCUAAUGUCGAGGAAUUAUUACAAGAUGACAGUAGUUGUGAUCAUUCAGUUGAAGUGUUUACAUAUUUGCAGAAAAAUGAUAAUAUUAAAAACUGGCAGGGUUGCAGUAUUAAAAAUUUAAGAUCGAAAAUAAGUACUCCUUUAAAGGAAAGUCGUUCUUUACAGGACAGUUGUUCUUCAAGUAACAGUAUUAAUUCAGAGAAAAGUCUUCCUUUAAAGGAAAAUGUGGUGACAUCAAUAGAAGAAAGAUGUAAGAAACGAAGAUAUCAAGAAAGCUGUGAAUUAGAAAAAGCAAAAAUUGACUUAACAAACACUUUAAAAUCAAGUAUAGAAGUCAAAAAUAUCUACGAAGUUGAAAUAUUGAAACAGAAAUUAGAACAAGAGCAGCUAAAAGUGAAAAUAUUAAAAACGUCACUUACAAAGGAAACAUAAAAAGAGGAAAAGUAGAGGUACUUAUUUCUGUAAACUUAAACCAAAGUGCUAAACUUUAUUUUUCGCAAUAUAUUUCUUUAGAUUUAUUUCUUUAUAAAAUUA